UGAAGGAGGAGAGUGUAGAACUGAGUGAAGAUGAGGAGAAACAUCAUGUCAAAAGUGAAAGUGAAACUCAAUUAAAGAUUGAAGAUAGUUUUUCAGUGGAAACAACAGCCGUGAAAUGUUUCACCUGCACUCAGUGUGGAAAGAGUUUCAAGAAAAAGACCACUCUGAAGCGUCACUUGAGGAUCCACACUGGAGAGAAACCUUACAAGUGUUCACACUGCGAGAAGAGGUUCAAUCAGUCGGGACACAUGAAACAGCACAUGCUGAUUCACAUCGAAGAGGACACACACAUGAGUGAUCAACAACGGACAGCCAUACUUGGCUUCACCUGCACUCAGUGUGGAAAACGUAUGAGGCAUAAAUCCACUCUGAAGCGUCACAUGAGAAUCCACACUGGAGAGAAACCGUUCAAGUGUUCACACUGCGACAAGAGAUUCAUUCAUUCAGGACAUCUGAAAGAACACAUGCUCAUUCACACAGGAGAGAGGAUGCACAAAUGUGAUCACUGCAGCAAGACUUUUUAUAUUUCUUCAGAUCUGAAGAAACAUCUAAGAAUUCAUACAAAGGAGAGGCCUUAUUCAUGUUCUGAGUGUGGAAGUAGUUUUAGACAGCAGUCGAGUUUAAGAAAACAUCAGAAGAUCCACACUGGUGUGAAGGAAUUUGUGUGCUUUGAGUGUGGGAAGAGUUUUAUGAAAGCUGCAGACUUGAGACAACACCAUUUGAUUCACACUGGAGAGAAGCCGUACAAGUGUUCACACUGCGAUAAGACAUUCAGAUGUGUGGAACACCUGAAAACGCAUGCGAUGAUCCACACUGGAGAGAAACCACACAGAUGUGACCAAUGCAGCACAUCAUUUUUGAGGCAGUCAGAUCUGAAGGUCCAUCUUAGACUUCAUACAAACGAGAAGCCUUAUUCGUGCUCUGAGUGUGGAAAGAGUUUUACCCAGAAGUCAUAUUUAAAAGCACACCAAAAGAUUCACACUGGUGUGAGAGAGCAUGUGUGCUUUGAGUGUGAUAAGGCUUUUAUUAGACCUGGAGAUUUGAUACAGCACCAGAGGAUUCACACUGGAGAGAAACCAUUCACAUGUACUCAGUGCGGGAGGAGUUUCAAACAAUCAUCGCACCUUAAUAGUCACAUGCUGAUCCACACUGGAGAGAAAACACACCAAUGUGAUCAGUGCGGCAAAACAUUUCUGACUGCUUCCAAUUUAAAGAUCCAUCUCAGAGUUCACACAAAGAAGAAGCCUCGCUGAUGUUCUUUAAGGAAGAGUCAGUGAAGUUUACCUUCAUAAAAACAUCAGAUUUCAUUGAUCUGUCAUGACGACACUCUCAGAAAGAUUUAUUAAGGUAGCACACAUUCAUUCAUUCAUUUUCUUUUUGGCUUAGUCCUUUAUUAAUUAGGGGUCGCCACAGUGGAAUGAACCGCCAACUUAUCCAGCAUAUGUUUUACGCAGCGGAUGCCCUUCCAGUUGCAACCCAUCACUGGGAAACACCCAAACACACUCAUUCACACACAUACACUACGGAUAAUUUAGUUUAUUUAAUUCCCCUAUAGAGCAUGUCUUUAGACUGGUGGAAGAAACCCACGCGAACACGGGGAGAACAUGCAAACUCCACACAGAAAUGCCAACUGACCCAGCCGAGGCUCGAACCAGCAACCUUCGUGCUACAGAUGUCCUGUUGUUAUUUCCUCCGCUAUUAUUAUUUUAUGGAAUUAUUCUUUAUUCAUUUUCUUAACUUUUAUUUUCUUGUUGUAUUUACUUAAGGAAAAGAGCAGUGUUGGGCAUAUUGACGCUCCUAGCUUAACUACAUUUCUCAGUAGCGUGGUGGUAGCAUCGCUACUUUCUAAAUCAAAUAGCUUUUCAGUAGCGAAGGAAUUUUUUAGUCAAGUAGCGCAGUAGCGUCCACACAAGCUACAUUUACCAAUUGCGGAUCAAUAAGUGACGGCACCGAUAUUUGCGGAGCUGUGAGGCCGGUGUCUAACCGAUGAACGUAAAUCCAUAUGAUGACGAGAAUGAGGUAUUCUUCUUCUUCCUGUUUUACGGUGUUCGACAACAAGGUUUUUGGUGCUUUACUGCCACAUCUGGUGAAACUUGAUUGAUGGAAAGAUGACUGAGGGAGAGGAGUUAUUUCUGAAGCAGGAUUCCUCGUGACCAUUCCUCGACAAGUACAUGUUAAGAUGCAAUAACUUAAUU